AUGGAACAUGUAAAGCUUAAAACAUUUGGCGAAAAUGUGGAGGAAGAUGCAGAUGAUUAUUCAGAGCUGGUGUCAUUUAAAAAAGAAAAAUCUAAAAAGCAUGAUGUUGAAAGAUUAAUAAAGAUAUCAGCCAUGGCUUGUGCUUGUACAUUUGGAGUUGGAAGUCAUUUUGCAUCACAUAUUAUAGGUCCUUUAAAAGGAAUAUUAAUGGAGCAACUUGAUUUAACAAAUACACAAUUUUCAUUAUUGGUUGCUUCAUUUACUUUAUGUAAUACUGUAAUACCAAUAGUUUCGGGUUUGCUUGUAGCGAGGUUUGGAACUACAACAAGCUCUUUAGUAACUACAACUAUAAUUUUAAUAGGAAUGAUAAUUGUAACCGUAGCAAGUUGGACCGGUGAAGUCGUUUCUAUGAUUAUUGGAUUUAUGGUGUUUGGUAUGGGUUUGGCUCCUUUAACUAUUGUUCAAGAAACAAUUAUUGUACAAUUCUUUCAAGGGAAUGGAUUAGGGUUUGCUUUGGCUGUUGGACUGAUAUUUGGAAGAUUGGCAUCAUUUUUUGCAACAAUUUUGGCUGUACCGUUAUCUUUAGUGCCACCAUUAACAUAUCGUACACCAUUUUUUGUAGCAGCAUUUACAUUGGUUGCUGGUUCUGCGGCAAUUUUAACGACAUAUUUGUUAUUUUUACUACCGCCACAUUUGAUUCAUCCAUUUCCACCAAUUCUACUUUUUGCAUUCGCCUAUGGCUCAAUUCCAUUAACAACCGUCUCUCUAGUACCAUUAUUAACAAAACAUGUAUCUACAGGACUUGGAUUAUUAAAAAGUGUUGAUAAUAUUGGUGCAACAUUAAGCCAGACAUUUGCAGGUCUAUUAUUAGAUCAACAUGUCAAAGGGAAAAAGUAUGAAAUCGAUGAUGAUGGGAUUGAGUAUGGGCACGAAGAUGAUGAUUUAGUAGCUGUAAGAAUGUUUGCUUUCCUAGCUUUUCUUUUGUUAUUAAGUAAUUUGAUAUUUUGGUGGGCGGAUAAGAAAUAUAAAGGUGGUAUUAUGAAUUCGAAUGAUGAUGGUAGCAAAAGCCAUAAUAAUGAUGAGGUUCUUCAUGACUUUGAUAGUUAUGGUAAAUUAAGAGAUGAGGAGGAUGAGUAUGAGGAGGAUGAAGACGAUGAAGGCGAUGAAGUUACAAAAAGAAUGAUAGAAGUGAGUAGUAGGAGAAAAAUGCGAGAAACAACUUCAGAUGAUAAAAUAACAUUUGGCAAAACCAUAUCAUUAAGAAAGAAAAUAAGGACAAAAAUUUACAUUGGACUGAUUGCUUUAAUGUUAUUGAUUUGUUGGGUUACCUUUGCAACCGUUGCUUUUGAAAAGGCCGGAGUACAUGCUACUGAUGAUGAUAAUAAUAAUCAUUCAUGA